CUCACAUGCUGCUCCGGCUGAUUUCGUAAACAAAACGUAGAAAAACUUUCGCGGUGUCGGCGCAUAUUCUUGUGAUUUUGAACCUGAUUUGAAAUUGAUUUAUUAAAUUAUUUCUUAUUGUUUUAUUAAUUAAGCGACAUGAAUUUUCUGCGGCAAACUUUGAGCAUAACGAAGUCGUUUGCCACUGAAGCCUUCUCAUCGUUCCUGCAGCGCGGCACGAUGGCUACCCUGAACCAGAUGCAUCGCACCGGGCCGCACAUCAAGUACCGUCCCCCGAGGCAACCGCUGGACGGUAAACCCUUCGCCAAGGGUAUCAUUCUCAAGACGCUGAUCAAGAAACCGAAGAAGCCCAAUUCGGCCAACCGAAAGUGUGUCCUGGUUCGGCUGAGCACCGGGAAGGAGAUGGUCGCGUACGUACCCGGAAUCGGUCACAAUCUGCAGGAACAUAAUAUAGUGCUGGUGCGGGUCGGCCGAAUGCAGGAUCUGCCUGGUGUUAAGCUGAAAUGUGUUCGCGGAAAGUACGAUCUGCCGCACGUGAUCAAGCAGAAGUGAGAUCUUGGCUAGGCGAUAGAUCGGAAGACCGUCAAUAAAGAACAAUGAAAGAGUUA